UAUAACUUCUAGAAGAUAUCGUUAUUUACUGGUCUUAUAGUGUUUAUUUGGUAACGUUAACAUGCCCUGGUUAUUUACUACAGCAGCCAGAAAUAAAAGAAAUGUCAGUCAAAGUAAAAUAAUUAAAUAAAGCUUGUCAAGACGGCAAAAUAUUAACUUUAUGUUCUCUUAAUUUUGUUGUGAUCAAUUAUUAAGACAAAAAUUUAUGAAAAAGCUCACCUAUUUAAAAUAAUAAUAAAAACAAUGGUCACUAGGAAACCUAUAUCUUGGUUUUUAACAGAAACCGGAAGAAAAUUUUCAUUUGGUGUUGUGACCGCCAGCUGUCUUGCAUUCACAUCUGCAAAAUUUAUUCCACACACAAUUUUACUUGAUAAAUAUAAAGAAUUUGUCCAUUAUUACAGUAAUGGCAAACCGGUUGAAUUACCAAAGGAACUUCAGGAACGCUAUAAACAAUGUCUUGAUAUAUUGAAUGUGUCUGAGAUCCACAGAAAGUUAAUAUCACCCUUCAGUGUUUUUGGUUAUGAUUUGUUUCAUGCAGGAAGCACAACUUCAAAGUAUGGUGUGGCAGUGGGGAUACCUGUAAAUUUUACUUACAAGUCUAUGGACGACUUGAAAGAUCAUGACAUUAGGGUAAAUCAGGAAAAAAUCGAUUGGACGUCAGAAUAUGGUAAAAAAUUAGCAGAUGCCAUAAUCCUCCCUGAAAAUGUGCAAAAGUUUGCAAUAUGCCGAGAAAUUCUUAUGACCCAAAAUAACAAAGUGUAUUUUGAAUCUGUUUAUCCUUUCAUGUGUAUAUUUUUUGUGUAUAAUGUAACACAUUAUAUCAAUCGCAGAUUAAAUUUAUAUGCUGCACCAACAUUGGCAAGAGGUAUCUUAUAUUCUAUUGUGGGAUUAUUUGGUUUAGGUUCAUAUUUUCUCAUGAAGGAUAUGACCGAAAUUUAUUACGAAACUGAAGUCGACAAGCGGCUAUGUGAGCUCGGCCCAGAAUUCAUUGAGAGUGGAAUUAUCUUUUAUGAAAAACUAUUGAAAAGAAACCAGGCAUUAAGAGAGUUCAUGGGUAGUGAAGGUGAACGAAAAUAUAGCAAAUUAGGUAACGAAAAUUUCUUUUUGCGCCAACCAAGAUUAGCUUUAAUACACAGAAAACAGUUUUUCGAGGAGAAACUUAAGGAGAGUAAAGAGGAAGAAACCAUAAAAAAAGAUGUUUGAAAAGUAAAGUACAGUACCUAUACAACUUCAAACCAGUGCAUAGCAUAGUAGUCAUAGUAUUAGUAAAUCAAAUAACUAAAACAGUACAAAUAAACAAUAU